AUGGACAGCCGGGUGGCUCCCUCACCUCCACCUGUAAUGCAGGGGGGAGUUGAUUCUCCUAUGAAUCCCGAGGCAGCCACACCACCCCCAGACACCUAGGCCCAAGCCAGAUGGGAAGCUCGAGUGAAUCUGCUGGGUGAGGGGGGAAUCUACAAGCUGCUGGGAAGACUGCCUGACGUUCUGUAUGAGUUGCUCCAGUACAUCAAGACCCAGAGGCAAGCCGUAGCACGUGGGCCCUUUUUCGGAAGGGCUUGCAGGCAGAGGGUGCCCACUCAGCCCUUCCCCUGCUGCCUGGAAGCAGAGGGUUAUGUGGCAUCCCUCUCUUCUCCUCCUGAUCUCUCCAUGGAAAUUGCUCUCCUCAGGGUCUCCAGGGACCUGCACACAGGGCUGUUCAUAGGGGAUCGGGGCCUCCUGCAGCAGCCACCAGCCCUGGGGCUUGCCAGCUCCUUGAGCCAUGUGGAUGCCCCUGGCCUGGCCAGCUGGCCCCUCAGCAGGCAGGAGUCCCUCAGUUUAUCUCACUGUGUGGAGCUCAGCUGCAGGGCUGAGGGGGUCUCCUCCUUCCCCACGAUGCCACAGGCCCCCACUGAUGGCAGGAUCACUGACUGCCAGCUGCUGUGGGAUUACAAGUAUCAGCUGCUCUCUGACACCAGGUACGAGUCCUACAUCAAGUGGGAAGACAAUAAUGCCAAGAUCUUCUGAGUUGUGGAUCCAAAUGGGCUUGCCAGAUUCUGGGGAAACCACAAGAAGCGGGUGAACGUGACCUAUGAGAAGAUGUCGCAUGCCUUGUGCCCCUACCAUAAUCUGAACAUCAUUAAGAAGGAACCCGGGCAGAAACUCCUGUUCAGAUUUCUGAAGACACCCAGGAAGAUCAAUCAGGACAAAGGCAGCAGCAGAGAGCUUCUGCAGAGCCAGGAGCAGGACAGGGUGGACUUCAAGGAGGAGAUGCUGGAAGUCUCUCUGUGA